GAUCCCCUCAGUACCGACCCCUGUCCCAUCGCUGCCAACCUUGCAGCGCCAAACCCGUCAUUUGACGUCGGCCACUCGAACAAGUAGCAUCUAAUGCGCCUUUUCUCGCAAUUCCCUAAAAUGCCCUCCAAAUUCCCCCCUCAUUAACUCCCAAAUCCCGUCAAAAUGGACAGCAAUUACGUCCAAAUCAAGGACAUGCGUCCAGGCCUGAAAAACAUAGCCGCAGUGUUUAUCGUGUUGGAGGUCGGACACCCCACUGUGACGAAAGAAAACCGCGAAGUUCGAACUUUCAAAGUGGCCGAUCAAACGGGGUGCAUUAACGCGAGUGUCUGGGACGAAGCGGGCCAACUGUUGGUCCCCGGAGACAUUGUGAGACUCACCAAAGGCUACCUCUCAAUCUGGCGCAACUGUCUUACCCUCUACACGUCCAAAGGGGGCGAUCUGCAGAAAAUCGGCGAGUUUUGCAUGGUUUUCAACGAACAGCUGAACAUGAGCGAGCCCAAUCAGGCGUUCCCGCAGGCGCCCCCAGCCUGCGGGCCCCCCAACAACCUCCCGUUGAACAACGGGACGAAUAAUGGGGCUGGGAGGAUAGGGCCCCCAGCGCCAGUUACUACCUCCUCGCCUUUGAUGAAUAAUACAGCGGGCCCUAUUAAGACAGCGCCAGCGACCAAUAGGGGCCCCCCGCAAGACAAUCAGAAGAGACAAAGGGGGUCCAGAGGUGGACAGCAUAGGAAUAGACAUAAUAGGGCUAAUUGAGCUGUGGACUUUUUCAUCAGGAUUAUUGUACUAAUUGUUGAUAAGUGUUUAAAAGGGACUUUUAUCAAGACGCGAUCAGUAUAGGAUUUAUUAACGUUUAUUUUGUUUGAUACAAGUCGUAUAUAAAUGUAAAUAUAUUAUAAUUAUAAGGAAUAUAAAAUCUGAUUUUU